AUGUGUAAACACAUUCUCAAUGCCCAAGUUGCUGUUCGGUCGCCAUGUUGCAGAAAAUGGUUUGACUGCGUCGAGUGCCAUGGUGAACAGGAGGACCACCCUUUAAAAGAAAACUACGAAAUGAUCUUUGCCUGCAAGAAGUGCAGAAAAUGCUUUCGAAAGGAUGUUACCGAGUUCGAGGAGGCUGAUGAGUUCUGCCCCCACUGCGACAACCACUUUGUUAUCGAUGCGAAGACGCCUCAGGCGGCCCUGUCAGUCGAGAGCGAAGACGUGCGAAUGGACAACAAGAUGCUCAGGGACGACAGACAAAAGACCAAGACCAAGGGCAUCAGGUCCAUCUUUGACCCGUCAGACGAUGCCGACAAGCUAGGAUAAUGGAAGAAACCAGACAGUAGAGGAAAGAUCACGGCGUUCAGGGUACAAUGGUACACAGCGAGUUGUCACUUACGUGGGGAAUAAAUCUAAUAGCGUGC